CGUGUUCCUGAGAGGAAAUGCCGUCGUACACAUAAAAACUCAAAGGAUGGAUGUCCAAAUUGUAAGGCCAAGAGAAUAAAAUGUUCAGAGGAAUUACCAUCCUGUCACAACUGCGUUAAAAAGAAGUAUCGCUGUGGAUACCUAGAUUUUCCUAAGGAAAAGCUAGACCAUAUCAAGAAGAAGAAUGAAAUGAAGGUAAAUCAAACUUUCUAUUCAGGAGACAUGAGGUCUAUAGGAGACUUACCACUUGAAUCAAAGAGAGGAAGUUUACAGUUCACGGAAUCUGGCCUGGAUUCAACGCCUAUCAGUGGAUCAACAACAUCAGUACCCAUUAGCAACAAUUCACCAAGUAUUCUGGAAAAGUCAAGAGAUAUUUUUGCAAUGGUUUCUCCCAUAACCAAUACUAUAAUUGGGCAAGAGUUUUUCACUACUAAGGAUGAUUUGCGAAUGGCUGUUUAUAAAGAUUCAUUUACCAAGUUGUCUCAUUUUGAAAACUCAAAUCCACAAAAUUUGAUUCCACUAACGGAAAAUCAGCAUUAUCUCGAUUCUUUAUCAAACCACCUGGACAUUGAUAAUGAUGUUGAGAUCAGCAGUGAUGGAAGCUUUGAGAAUGCGCAAAUCCGCUUUGAUCGUCAUACAGAUGAACCAAAUCCCUCUGGACCAAAAGUAGGCAAUUUAUCUGAAACUCGCUCACACAAAAAUCUCUUGCCUAAACUUACACACAACAACAUUAUAAAUCCGUAUUCACCUCCCAACGCUGCUAAGAUUGGAAAUUGUCUAUUGAAUGCAACUGUGAAACCUGUCACUUUCAAGAAAUUAGACAGAACUGAACGAUUGAAGAACCAGUUUUUGAGCAAUUACUUGAACAAUUUGGGCAAAGAAUUCAAGAUGUUUACAAACACGGAUUAUUCCAUACUGUAUAGUCCAGUGUGGAAUUUCCAGAAUUCUGAUGAGUUGUGGAGAUCUGUCUAUAAUCAGAGUGUCCUUAUUGAUGUAUACUUCAACUUCUUUAUGGAGCGGUCCAUUAAUGUAUUAAUGAGAAAAUGCAUUCAAAUUCUUGCAGUUGAAGAUGCGCGGAAGGAGAAACACAACAGUUCAAUGCAUAGUCCUCAUUCAUUGCUGGUGUGGACAUCGUUUACUAAAAAUGAUUUGGAUUCCCUUACCAAGAAAUCAUAUUCAUAUUAUGGUACAUUGAUAAGAAGUUUGAGAGAGUCCAUGACCCAGAUUCAUAUCGAGUUCCCAACGAAGAUGUCCCUUUUUAGCUCUUGGUCAACGCUAUUACAAUUGCAUUCGUCGAUAGAAACGCUUUGUUUGAUGUUUAAUGGGACUGCCUCUUUGAUGAACAAAAUAGUGCAUGAGGUGACAUCAUUUGAUCAAAUUACCCCAACCUUAGCUGUGUUGGCAAAUUGCUUCAAUGAUCAUACUGUGACCUCUCUCAUUCCUGAUUACAAGUUUGAUGUGAUACGAGACCUUUAUAAAGAUUUGAAUGAUUACAAACAUUUUUUGAUUCGGAACCAGGAUUUAGCUUCAACUACCAACGAGUUGUUACUUCGAGACUUCUUGAAUCUAGAGGUUUUCUUAAAGCAAUUGGUUGAAGAAAUUUACCCCUUGAUUAUCAACAUUAAUAACCACUACAAAUCCGAGAAUCUGAUAGUUGAUCAAUCCAACAAUAUUUAUUUUACAUCACCAACUUUAUUUUUUAACAUUCUUGUUACCUGGCUUACUAACAUACCAAGCGAAUGUUUAACUAUCGGUUCAAAGAUGAGUCCAGUAAAAAAGGUACUAUAUUUGUUUUAUAUUGCGGUUGGAAAAGCGUUAUUGAACGUUUUUACACCAUUGAGGUCCCUUCUCAUAACCGACCCAUUAUCCCUAAUGUACCCAAGAGUGGACUUUGAGUGUGAAACUUACAAAAUUUCAUUGAAAGAUCUCAAUUCAGAUUUGAAACAAUUUCAGUACUUCACUAACUUAUCUAACAAACUUUUGCGUAUGGUCAAGUUUUUCAAUAAUAGAAAUGAAAUUUUGUCUCAUUAUUUUGCUUCUAGGUCGGUUUUGGCUAGUACCGAGUACCGUUCAUAUAUUGAAAUGGAAAGGCCAGCUUCGAGUGCAAAAUUCCCAUACUUGGACAUCAUCAACUUUAAACCGAAGAAAAUCGAUACCAAUGAAAUUAUGAUCACCAAUUUUGGGAAUGCCGACACAAUUAACAUCUCAAAUUACCCCUUAAUGAAUGAAUUGCCCCUUGAUACUGAUCCUGAGACCCAAACGACCUUAUACAAUCUAAUUCAGAAUGAAGAGAUUAAUCAACAAAUCAGAAUUAAUAACAUCUCUCUGACAGCACCCAAUGAUUUCAAAUACGAUGUUGGAUUAUUCAAGUCAGAUUACGAUGUUCGGGCACCAUUGGAAUUCUACGCAAAUUACAAAAGGUUCAAUUACUCUGUCAAAGAGUCUCACCUUCAAGAAAUCAGGGUGAGAAUGGAGAAUUUUGCUAUAGCAAGAUUAGAAGUGGAGAAGGCUGUG